AUGCCCGGCCCAGUGGGGGCCAUUGCUCAGACUACAGGGGCUUUUAACGUCCAUGCACAAGCGAGCACGGCCAGGCCGCUCAGCUCAGCUCAGCACAUCAUCUCAGCCCGGGUGACACAUUUCUGGUAUCACGCUGCAAACCUGAUCCAGGCAGGCAGGGAGGGAGGGAGGGAGAGUUUCUCCUUGUCACGGCUCAAUUCAUCUUUAGAUGUGGAGGGGCGUAUCAUUGAUCAGUACCCGCUUUUCUACCAAAAACAGCACUCAGAGCAGCACUAUAGCAGGAGGCCCCACCUGCAAGCCACGGACAUUAGUUUCAGCACCUCAGGUGCUCCCUGCAGUCGCCACUGGAGCCGGAGCCGGGGGCCAAUGUGGAUGUUCCUGCUCCUGCUGUGGCAGCCCCCUCUGGGCUCCGGGAUGCCCCUCCACACGCUGCAGGCCUUGGCGCCCACCGAGAACAAAUCCAGCCAUGGGCCCCCAGCCCCCAGCACUUCUCCAGCCCCUCCGGUGACCCCCACGUUGCUGCCCACCCACAGCGAACCCCCCGCCCUGUCUCUGAACUUGGGCCUCAAUUUCAAGAUCAAGGUGCGGAGUCCGGGUAAGGGCCGGCCAGGUGAGGGGCCGGGAGGGGCCAGUGCAAAGCCUGGCCUGCCCCCCACCUGGCCAGCAGCCCCCACCCGCUCGCAGGCGGCGGGCAGCCGCUUCUGGACUGAGGCCCUGGGGGGCUCCGGCUGGCUGGGCCCCGGUCCCGCGGAGGAGCUUCCCUCGGGCCCCAGCAGGUGGGCCUGGGAUGGGGCUCCGGCACGGGCCGCCCCGGGCCCCACUCUCCAGCACCCCCUCCCGCUCUGGCCACGGCUCGCCGAGAAGGGGCUGCCCCUGCCUGCCGGGGAGGACAGCAAAGAGCUGGAAUUCAAGAUUGACAUUGACCUGACGGCUGGCCUGGGCAAGGAGGGCAGCCUGGCACCCAACAGCAGCGGCAGCGGCACAGGGUGGCGGUAUCCGCUCCUCCCCGGCCUCAGCGUGGGCAUCUCGGAGAUUGCCAGCAAGCUGGGCGCACCUGGUCUCCUCGGAUCCACGCCGCCCCCAGAGACGUGGGAGCCACUGGAGUGGAACGGCACAGGCGGCGCCAGGGAGCAGCCUGGGGACUUCCGCCCAACCCCAGCGUGGGUCUCCGGGCCAGGGCUGGAGUCCAGCAGCCCGGCUGCCUCGCCAGGCGGUGAGGGGGCCUUUGCGGCUCUGCCUGGCUGCCUGCCUGAGCACCCGGAGGACUGUGGCUCCCCACUGCCCGAGCCCGGCUCGCCCCCUCUCUCGGCGCUGCUGCUGCCGGCCCUGCCCCUCUUUGUGCCGCUGCACGCGGACUGGAACACCGCCCUGGCGGAAUGGGGCCUGGCUUGGGAGGCCCACGUCUACGGGGCCUGCUCCCUCUUUGCCCUCCUGGCCCUGCUCUCGCUGCUGGGCCUGCUGGGCCUGCUGGGCCGCUGUCCGGCCGGCUGCAAGCUCCUGGCCCUGCUGCAGCUGUUGCUGACGGGGGCCGGCGGGGCUCGGGCCGCGCUCCUCUUGGGCGACGCCUAUGGGCAGCUGGAGCUCCUGCCAGACUUCGCCGUGCGGCUGCUGCACGACCUGGCGCUCCCUUGCCUGAGCUCUGCCUUGGCCGUCACCCUCCUGCUCCUCUCACUGCGGCCGCGGGUCAAGCUCUCCGCGGGCUCCAGCCUCCGGCAUGCCUGCUUGCUGGCCAUCCUGGUCCUGCUGCACUUCUCGGUGGCCACCGGGGCCAUCCUGGCUGCUGACCUGCUGCACCAGUUCCCCUUCCUGCUGCUUGCCUCCCGGGCCGUCUUUGCCCUCCUGGCCGCCCUGCUCUCCGCCUCCUUCCUGGUCUUCUACUGCCUGGCACGCGUGGACACGGCCCAGAUCUACGACCUCAAGAGCGCCGCCCCGCCCGCCUGCCCGUGCCCCUUUGCCGACGCCCGCCAGUGGAGCCGGGCCGCCCGCACAGCUCUCCCGGCCGCCUCCUUCGGACUGCUGAGUGCCGGCCUGCACACCUACGCCAUCCUGCACGUCCUGGGCUACGGCCUCAGCCCAGAGCUCUUUGGGCCCUGGCCGUGGUGGGCCCUGCAGCUGGCGUGCCGGCUCUGUGAGGCUGGGAUGGGGCUGCCUUUGGCCUGCCUGGGCCUCUACCCAGUCUUCUGCUCGCCCGCCGAGGGCUGCUGCUGCCCCUGCUGUGGCCCGCUCCUCUGCCUCUCUCCAGACCACGCCGCUGUGAAGACCCAGAUCCUGCCCAACAACUUCCAGUGGGCCCUCUCCCAGCACGAGAAGCUGGUCAUCUGUGACACCAUCACCCGCAGCGAGUCGGACUACCUCCCGCUCUACGCCAUGCCGGCGGAAGAGCCCGGCAGUGCCCGCGGCGGCCCCUGUGCCGAGCCGCCGUCCCGGCUCAGCGUCGCUCUGGAAGCCAGCGUGGACCCGACGGCGGACUUCCGCCCCCCUUCGCCCAUCGACCUGCGUCGCAGCAUUGACGAGGCGCUGUGCAGUGAGGGGCUGUUCCAGGGGGGCGCCGCAGCCUUCUACGCCUCCAGCUCCCUCUCCCUGCGCUUGGCUGGGGGGCCGUCGGCCGAGAGCGACCUGUACCGCACGGCCUCUUGCGUGGAGCUGGUCCCUGGCCGGUCCCAGGCGGACGGAGAAGCCUCUCUGGACGCCAGCGGCCCCAACACCACCCUCUCUUCCCCAGGGCCCUGGAGGGGGAGCACGUGCUCCAGCUCUCUGUACAAGCAGUCCACAGACACCUGCUCCCUGGUGCUCUGCUCCAGCCCGGGGGGAAGCAGCUCUGUGGCCCCUGUGGCUUACGGGAGCCCCCCACGGUCCCCUCCCCUGCCAGGCCGCCAGUACUGGGUGCUGACCCCAAUCUCCCAGGAGUCCCUGGCCUCGGUGGGGCAGCCGGGGGCAGACGCAGCCCUCCUGCAGGAGGAGUUCAUGGACGUUUGCCGGCAGAUCGACACGCUCAGUGUCAGCAGCGACACCAUCGACUUGUAGCCGCACCGCGGAGCUCGGUGGAGUAGAU